CUCCACGUACGUGCAUUCGCACUUCUUAAGCAAACGCCGUUCAGUACGAGUAAGACUCGUACAGUGCGGUACUCUGUAGGUUUCGAGUUCCACAUGAGGAAUUGAAAUUUGAAAUUUCCAGUUUGUGGCUCGUACGUAACAAUCGACAGCGAUCAUCAUCCAGGUUCGGUAUCUUCUUCAGGCGUAUUCGUAUCGGUACAGUGCUUCAUUGAAUACUGAUAACAACUAUCUACUGGUAGCAAUACAUUUUACUUGAAUAGACCAGAAAGAACGAUGCAGAUAUAUCUUUUCUUAAUUGCUUGCUACCUGGGGUUUGUUGCGUCGUUUCGAACUAGCAGCGCUCCUUUGCGCAGUUCUUUCUCGCGCCUUUACGCCAACACAGGCCAGUCCUAUCAGGCAUCUCUCCCGUCGCCUUUGAUUGACGCUCAAGGGAACGUAAUCGAAUCGGCUGAAGCUAUUGCCGGUCUGGUAGAAGGUCAACGGGUAGCCCUCUACUUUGGUGCCAGCUGGUGCAAGGAUUGUACAAACCUGGAAUUUAUGCUUGCGCAAUACCGAAGUGCACUCGCCGAUUCUAACCAGGUACGCUGUCCGUGAUGUUUGGUUUUGAAUCUUUUGUCUCCCAUGCCCAACAAACAACUGAAAUCUGAUUCCGUUGCGUUCAAUCUCUUCAGCCCAUUCAAUUAAUCUAUGUUCCUUGUGACCAAAGCCAAGAGGACCAACUAAGUCAGAUGCAGAAGCUCGGAUUGGAAGUUGGGGUGCCCCUGGGCGAAACAGCUGAUGCCUUGAAACAGCAGUAUGGAGUUUGGCCGGAUGUGGACAUUGAACGCUUCGGCGGUAUUUCAAGAGAAAUCGCUAUCGAAGGCACAGAGACUAUCGUGGCCGUGAAAGGCAGCGAGGGGGAGGAAGUUGCCACGGAAAGAGUAGAAAUCAUGGGGAAAGUGGAAGACACCAGGGACGAAUAUGGUCGUCGAUCGGGCAUUCCUUCCUUCGUCGUUCUGGAUAAUACCGGAGCAGAAUUUUGUUUUCUUAAUGCGGAGCGAGAUAGCAUCAGCGUCUUGGCGGAUUGGCCGCUCGAUGACCCUCAAAAUAUUUGGUAGACCGGAAGAAUCAACUUGAAGAACGUUUAUGUAUCUUUUUACCGGGCGAGCGAAAGCAUCUCUAAACCUCUACAUCGGGUGACGCUACUAGUACAUUGUCAUAAACUCUGCAUUUAUAUGUACAAGCUACGACAUGCAUGAAUUUCGAUUAAAAGUAAUUUCUUCUG